ACGCUUCGAGAGCUCGGAGCCGUCACGUUGAUUCCGGUGCGUUGAUUGGUCGGGCGGCCUGUCAGUCAGUGUCCGGCGCUCCGAGAGAAGAAGCAGAAGCCUAAUCGCCGCCACAGGUCUCCCGGCAGAGCGCGCGGCCCAUGGAGGCUGCGCUGUGACGGAAAAGUUUCCCCGGGGGAAGAUGGCGGGGGAAAGUGUGACGGAGAGCACCUAGAAGGGCCGGGAAUCGCACACGUUCUCCUUCUCUCGACAUGUCGGCCAUCUCCGCCGCCGAGAAAGUGGACGGCUUCACGAGGAAGUCGGUGCGGAAGGCGCAGAGGCAGAGGAGGUCGCAGGGCUCGUCGCAGUUCCGCGGGCAGGGGGCUCUGGUGGAGCUUUCCCCCCUGCCGCCGCUCAAAGAUGCCACUUCCAAUGACCAGCAAGACCUCUUCUGUCAGAAGCUGCAGCAGUGCUGCAUGCUCUUUGAUUUUAUGGACUCAAUAUCUGAUCUGAAGAGCAAAGAGAUAAAGAGAGCCACUCUGAAUGAAUUGGUUGAAUAUGUAUCCACAAAUCGAGGGAUAAUUGUAGAAUCUGCAUACCCGGAUAUCACACAAAUGAUUAGUUCUAAUAUUUUUAGAACUCUCCCGCCGAGCGACAAUCCAGACUUUGAUCCUGAGGAGGAUGAGCCGACACUAGAAGCAUCAUGGCCUCACAUACAGUUGGUGUAUGAAUUUUUCCUGAGAUUUUUGGAAAGUCCAGACUUUCAACCAAGCAUUGCCAAGAGGUUUGUGGACCAGAAAUUUGUGCAACAGCUGCUGGAUCUGUUUGACAGUGAAGAUCCUAGGGAGCGAGAGUUUUUAAAGACUGUACUUCAUCGAAUAUACGGCAAGUUUCUUGGCCUAAGAGCGUUCAUCAGAAAGCAGAUUAACAACAUUUUUCUCAGGUUUAUCUAUGAAACUGAGCAUUUUAAUGGUGUGGCGGAAUUGCUGGAAAUACUGGGCAGCAUCAUCAAUGGAUUUGCAUUGCCGCUAAAAUCCGAGCACAAGCAAUUCCUCAUGAAAGUCCUGAUUCCUAUGCACACAGCUAAGGGCCUGGCUCUGUUUCAUGCACAGCUUGCAUAUUGCGUGGUCCAGUUUUUGGAGAAGGACGCAACUUUGACCGAGCCAGUUAUUAGAGGAUUGCUAAAGUUUUGGCCUAAAACAUGUAGCCAAAAAGAGGUGAUGUUUUUAGGUGAAAUCGAAGAGGUUUUGGAUGUAAUAGAGCCAACCCAGUUUAAAAAGAUUCAGGAACAUUUGUUUAAGCAAAUAUCAAAGUGUGUGUCCAGUUCUCACUUUCAGGUUGCAGAGAGGGCCCUGUACUUCUGGAACAAUGAGUAUAUUCUUAGUCUGAUCGAAGAGAAUAUUGAAAAAGUUCUACCAAUCAUGUUCGGUAGUUUGUACAAAAUCUCCAAAGAACACUGGAACCCGACUAUUGUAGCCCUCGUGUAUAAUGUGCUGAAAACAUUAAUGGAAAUGAAUGGGAAACUCUUCGAUGAACUUACAGGGUCCUACAAAGCAGAACGGCAAAAAGAGAAGAAGAAGGAGCUGGAGCGUGAGGAGCUGUGGAGAAAGCUCGAUGACCUACAGAUGAAUAAGGCCUUGGCUGAUCAGCAGAAGAUUGCUUUAAGUGUACAGAACAAUACAAGUGCCAAAUAACACACAUUACAACAACCUCUGCUACAUAGGCAAAACUUUUGUACAUUUUUCUGUUUUUUUUUGUUUUUUCUUCCUGAAAAAUGUAAAAUAAAUAAAACUGACGUUCUCCUUAUAAAACAAGAAAACUGUAUUUGCGGGGAAAAGCAUCCCUCUCUGAUAAAUUUCUGAGCUGUGCGAGGGGCCAUUCAUACAUUGCAGUGCAACCUAUUGCUGACCUCCCUAGCAGCCAGUUAUUAAGUGCACCUGUCAUAUGCAGCACGUGAGGCAGCCAUAGGGCAAUAUCCUUUUGGCAGCCGAAAAGGAGGCUACACUUUUGAAAUAUCAAAUAUUU